AAUUGGAGAGGUCCCUCCCUCCCCAAGCACAGUCAGAACCACCUGCCAGCUCUAGGUUCACCUCCCAACCUCUCUCUCUCUCUCUCUCUCUCGUUCAAUCUCUUAGACAGUUCAUAAAAAUUGUCAUAGGCAGUAUUGUUCCGACCAAGGUUUCUACAUAUAUAUUAGAGAGUUCUGGGUUUGGCUUUCAAUAAAACACUUUUGCCACACAUCAGAUAUAUAGCUUUUGUUAUUACUCUUGCAGGGAUUUUCUCGUAUUAUAUUAUCUCUCCACUUCUGUAAUCUUUCCUUUCAACCCAGAGCAAUGGAUAUUGCUUCUACAAAUUUUGAAAAUGUUGGACCUUUCACUCGUGCGUGGGAAUGGCUCAAGGCCUUGCCUGUAAAGUUAUGGGCUAUGGCAGUCGAGUUUGCAGAUAAGAUGAAGAAACUUGGACAAGAUGAUCCACGAAGAAUAGUCCAUUCGCUCAAAGUAGGAGUGGCUAUCACGUUGGUUUCCUUGUUCUAUUAUGUCCGACCGCUCUUCGACCAUUUUGGUGAAAAUGGAAUAUGGGCGGUUUUAACCGUCGUUCUAGUCUUCGAGUUUUCAGUUGGAGCAACAUUGGGAAAAGGCCUAAACAGGAUGCUGGCAACGUUGUCCAGUGGUGCGCUAGCUGUCGGAGUUGAUCUGGUGGCAACUCUCUUCGAUGGGACGGGACAACCCGUAGUACUUGGAAUCCUAGUCUUUAUAAUAGCUGCAACGGUAACAUUUAUGAGAUUCUUCCCUGCACUGAAGGCAAGAUACGAUUAUGGACUGAUGAUAUUCAUAUUGACUUUCUGCUUGGUAUCUGUAUCGAGUUACCAAGAUGAUGAGGUUCUAGAUAUGGCCUGCCAGAGGCUAUACAAAAUCAUCAUUGGUAGCUUUAUUGCUAUCAUUGUAUGCGUCUGUGUAUGCCCUGUCUGGAUUGGAGAGAAUCUGCAGAACCAAAUAGCUAACAAUUUGGAAAAGCUUGGGAAUUUCUUAGAAGGAUUUGGUAGGGAAUACUUCAGAUUGUCAGAGGAAGGGCAUUCCACGGAUGAUGAUAAAUCAUUUCUUCACGGGUAUAAAAGCGUUCUGACUUCUAAAGACAAGGAAGAAACUAUGGCCAAUUUAGCGAGAUGGGAAUUUUGGCACUAUCGCUUUGGGUUCCGUCAUCCUUGGAAUCGUUACCUUAAUGUUGGAACCUUGACUCGGCAGUGUGCCUACAAAAUUGAAGACCUCAACAGCUAUAUCAAGUACUUUGAGAUCCAAGCUACACCCACCGAGUUCCGAAGAGAAAUUCAUGAGCCAUGCAUAAAGAUUUGUUCAGAAUCUGGCAAAGCACUAAAAGAAUUAGCAUCAGCGAUCAAAAAAAUGAGACGGUCAACAUCAGUUAAUUUCCAUAUUGCAAACUCAAAAAUUGCAGCCGAGAAUCUCAAGUCCCUGCUCAACAUGACUUCCCUUUGGGAAAAUGCCAAUCUCCGAGAGAUUAUACCAACUGCUGCAGUCGGAUUAAUUCUAAUCGACAUUGUGCCAUGCACUGAGAAAAUCGUGGAGGCUUUUCAGGAAUUAGCCUCCCGUGCACGCUUCGAGAGGAUGGACGACAGUGUUUCUCCGAGCAACGACGUAUAAUUUGCUUCAUAUAUAGCGAAAUUUCCUAUGUUGGAGUGAGUGCAUCCGUUUUUCGCUUGUUAAACCCCGGUCGAGUACGAUCGAUAAUAAAUAAGAAGGCUUAACGUCGACGCAUGAUCGAGAGUAAGGCAGCAGUCUGAGAUGUAUCAAGGGAGGGGACAGUAGUUGUACGUGCUAGGUUGGGAGCAGGGCAUCAACUGUUGUAAGCCA